UAUAAAUUUGCUGGGAGCGGGCGAAGCAGCUGUUUUGCUGGAAUCUCAGCAGGGCUGCAGGCUGUUCAGAAUGAGGGAGUGUCUGUCAAUCCACAUCGGCCAAGCGGGGGUCCAGAUGGGCAACGCCUGCUGGGAGCUGUACUGCCUAGAGCACGGCAUCCAGUCCGACGGGACCAUCCCUGGCAACCAGGCCUCGCAGAAGAUCCUCCCAGAAGCCGAGCAAGUGGACUCCUCCUUUGAGACGUUCUUCUGUGAAACGGCGUCAGGGAAGCACGUGCCCAGAGCGGUGUUCAUUGACCUAGAGCCGACGGUCAUUGAUGAGAUCCGCACAGGGUCAUAUCACUCCCUCUUUCACCCCGAGCAGCUAAUCAGUGGCAAAGAAGAUGCGGCCAAUAAUUACGCCCGGGGCCACUACACCAUCGGGAAAGAAAUCAUCGACACCGUCCUAGGCAGGAUUCGCAAAAUGGCUGACCAGUGCAGUGGCCUCCAAGGUUUCUUGGUCUUCCACAGCUUUGGUGGAGGGACAGGUUCAGGCUUCACUUCUCUCCUGAUGGAGCGGCUCUCCGUGGAGUACAGCAAGAAGUCGAAACUGGAGUUCUCGGUCUACCCUGCCCCGCAGGUCUCCACUGCGGUGGUGGAGCCCUACAACUCCAUCCUGACCACCCACACCACGCUGGAGCACUCGGACUGCUCCUUCAUGGUGGACAACGAGGCCAUCUACGACAUCUGCAACCGGAACCUGGACAUUGAGCGCCCGACCUACACCAACCUCAACAGGUUGAUUGGCCAGAUUGUGUCCUCCGUGACAGCCUCCCUGCGGUUCAACGGUGCCUUGAACGUCGACCUGAUAGAAUUCCAGACCAACCUGGUGCCCUAUCCCAGGAUCCACUUCCCACUGACCACCUACGCCCCCAUCAUCUCUGCCGAGAAGGCCUACCACGAGCAGCUCUCCGUGCCGGAAAUCACCAACGCUUGUUUCGAGUUCUCCAACCAGAUGGUGAAGUGCGACCCUCGACGGGGCAAGUACAUGGCUUGCUGCCUGCUCUACCGAGGGGACGUGGUACCCAAGGAUGUCAACGCGGCGAUCGCGGCCAUCAAAACCAGGAGGUCCAUCCAGUUUGUGGACUGGUGCCCCACCGGCUUCAAGGUGGGCAUCAACUACCAGCCCCCCACGGUGGUGCCUGGCGGAGAUCUGGCGAAGGUGCAGCGGGCCGUAUGCAUGCUGAGCAACACGACGGCCAUCGCCGAGGCCUGGGCCCGCCUGGAUCACAAGUUUGACCUGAUGUACGCCAAGCGGGCCUUCGUGCACUGGUAUGUCGGGGAGGGCAUGGAGGAGGGGGAGUUCACCGAAGCCCGGGAGGACAUGGCUGCCCUGGAGAAGGAUUACGAAGAAGUGGGGAGGGAUUCUGCUGACGGCGAGGAGGAGGAUGCCGAGGAGGAAUAUUAG